GGUCAAAAGAUCUGAUGAGUGAGCAGGUGCGGACAGACCAUUUGGAAACUCGGGCACUGCCCGAGGGCCGGGGGUCAGUAGGGGGCCCCAUGAGAUGCCCCUGGUACCUUUUUCAUAGGCUUUUUUGAGUUUGGGCAAGGACACCGGGGUCCCAUGAUCCCCUAUUGCCCGGGGGCCCCAUGAGUUGUCAAUCCACCCCUGUGAGUGAGCAAUCUUUACUUCUUCCCUGUUGGCACGUGGUGAAGAUUCAAGUCACUCUUUCCUGGUUUGGGGGCCCCAUGAGAUGCCCCUGGUACCUUUUCAUAGGCUUUUUUGGAUGUGGUUUGAGGGUGGGCGAGGACACAGGGGCCCCAUGAUCCCCUGUUGCCCGGGGGCCCCAU